AUGGCUCUUCCUGUGGUGAGAACCAUCUCGGAAUGCUCCGAUUUGAAGAAGACAGUCCUCCCUUAUUUACCUCAGCUGUACGACUUGCCCCAGCAGCUGCUACAAUCCUACAACAACCCUACCGAGCUGCGAACUAUCUACCUGGCUACGAAUCCCCUCAUUAGUGGCCUUGCAUUAUCCCUCUUCCUUGCACCCGUGUUCCUCCUCGUUUCAGAGAUCAACAGGAAUUACUCGCAGGUAGACCGGUGCUGGAGCAUAUUGCCUACCCUUUACAACGCCAAUUAUGUUAUCUACGCCCACAUGUCAGGUCUGCCAACUACUAGGCUUGACACUGUGAUUGCUGUCAGUUCUGUUUGGAGUCUGCGUUUAACUUUCAAUUACUGGCGCAAAGGAGGAUAUAGUAUUGGCUCGGAGGACUACAGAUGGGACGUCCUCAAAGAACACAUCAACCCAGGUCUCUUCUUCGUAUUCAACGUUGCAUUCAUCUCCCUCGCCCAAAGCAUACUUCUCUUCAUUAUCACGACCCCCACAUACGUUAUGCUACUGUCUGCUCGAAUCGGAGUAGAGAUGAACACUGGAGAUAUUGCAUUUUCUAGAGCAUUAAUGGGGCUUAUUCUUGUCGAGUUCUUCGCAGACGGGCAGCAGUGGAGCUUCCAACAAGCAAAGAAAUAUUACCUGAAGACGGCCAAAGUUCCCCACAAGUUUGAUCAAGAAGACCUGGACCGUGGAUUUGUAGUCUCCGGCCUCUGGUCCUGGAGCAGACACCCUAACUUCGCCGCCGAGCAAGCAAUUUGGGUCGUACUUCAUCAGUGGGGAUGCUGGAACACUGAAGUCUUCUACAACUGGACAGCUAUCGGCGCUGCUUCGUAUUUGAUACUUUUCCAAGCUUCGACGUGGUUCACAGAACUCAUUACAGCAAAGAAAUACCCCGAAUAUGAGGAGUAUCAGCAAAGAGUUGGAAAGUUCUUACCAAAGCUUUCAACGGACCUCCCUGGAGAUUUUAGCGAUAAGAAGGCUACCCCGAGAGUUGAGAAAGCUAAGGCUCUUGAGAAGGACAAGCCGAGGGGGGUAUCCAGAUAG